UCCUCCUCCUCCGCGUCGACGAGGGCUUCGUCUCCGUAUCGGCCGCCGCCGCCGCGGAGAGCGUCGAGAUCACGUACGGCAGCGUGAUCAAAUUGAUGCACGAGAAGACCAAGUUUCGAUUGCAUUCGCAUGAUGUUCCGUACGGGUCCGGGAGCGGGCAACAAUCGGUCACGGGAUUUCCCAAUGUUGAUGAUUCCAAUAGCUACUGGAUUGUAAGACCUACCCAUGAUUCGUCUGACAAACAAGGCGAUGCCAUUAAAAGUGGAACAAUUAUCAGGUUGCAACAUAUGAAGACCCGAAAGUGGCUGCAUAGCCACUUGCAUGCGUCGCCAAUUUCUGGGAACUUGGAGGUGAGUUGCUUUGGAGCGGAUGGUGAAUCAGAUACUGGGGACUACUGGAGGCUUGAGAUUGAAGGUAGUGGAAAAACAUGGAGGCAAGACCAAAGAGUAAGACUCCGCCAUGUUGAUACAGGGGGCUACUUACACAGUCACGACAAGAAGUACACUCGCAUCGCUGGAGGGCAGCAAGAGGUUUGCGGUGUCCGAGAGAAGCGUCCAGACAAUAUCUGGUUAGCAGCUGAGGGGGUAUACCUUCCUGUCAAUGGAAGCAAAUAGAUACUAAAAAUCUCGUAGAGUUGAAACAGGAUUAUAAACUCGUCGAGCUGAUGCUGACACAUGUUGCCUGUUUAAAUUUUGAACUAAUCGUGGAAUAGAUCACAAAUUACUUGCUGUGUUAGGUAUAAUUCUUAAUCAGUGGAGAAUCGUGAACAAAACCAAUUUUAUUUUUUUUACUCUUAUCUGUGGAAAUGAUAAUGGAAGUUUGUUGUAAAAAUUUUGGCCGCCUACAAUUUGCAAAUGUAACGAUCGAGUCUCUAGUCAUUCUUGUGGUUCUAGUUAUUGUA